UUUCCGAAACCUAAAUCCUUGGUUUACAACUUUUUUAUUAAGGGCAGUGAUCGAUUUCGUUAAGGUGGAAUAUGUUCAUUUGUCACCACUGUGCCCCUUUUAUUACUAUUAACCCAUUAUACUGUUGAUAUUUACGUAUCAUGUCACGUCUGCUUUAUUAUAAUUAAAAGUUUCCAAUCGUAAAAUUAGCAUAUACAUACUCAGAAUCAGCUUUGUGAUUAUGCUGUGUACAAAAUGACGGCAUUUCUUUGUUAAUACUGGAGGCGGCUUUAAUGGAAAUGAUAAAAGGAGGUCCAGAAUAAAGUUAAAAGGCAUAGAACAAUGUCUGUUAAAAUACCUCAGGCUACAAUGACGUUGAAACAGUUUAUGGUUCGUCAGCAAGUUCUGAAACUAUAUCGUAGUUUCUUACAAGCCAUACGCGAAGUUCCUAAUGAAGAAAGUAAGAAAGAAUUACUAGAGUGGAUACAUUCAGAUUUUAAAAACAAUAAACAUCACACAGAUGAGUAUACAAUAAAGAUGCUAAUUUAUCACGGGGAACGUCAACUCAAACAGUUACGGCAGAAUGUGGCUUUCAGCAGAUGAUAUAAAGAAGAUAUUCCAGUUUCUUUGUACAUAUAUUUACACAGCUGUAUCUAUAAUAUUCAUUAAACUUAAUUGUGUGUAAUAUAAAAUGGUGUAACGAA